UCAUCACCAAACACCAUUCCCUUUCUUCACAUUCAUCAGAUAACUACCAUUAUUUCACACAUAUCGGACGAGCGCAACCGCUGUUUCGGUUCUCUUCCCAAAUUUUCUUCGAUAGUCUCGACACGCCAGCUUUGGUAGACGCACGCACGUGCUGUCAUUCUCCCCACCAUGCAGCUCACCUCGCUCAUUGCCGCGGGCCUGGCAGUGGCAUCCACCAAUGCCAUCCUGCUCCCCCCGGACGUCAGCAUCGCCGAUGAGGACACCUUCAGCAUCCUCCCGCACCCCACCAGCGAUGACCUGGCCACGCUCAUGGCCGUCGGCAAGGAGACGAGCAUCAACCUCAACUGUCCCGGCUGCCCCGUCCGCAAGCACCACCGCAACGGCAAGGUCUCGACCCACACGGCCAUCGCGAGCCACCUCGAGCUCGCCUUUGUCGUCCAGGAGGUCGACGGCCAGGAUGCUCUCCUGAUCAACGGCCUCCCCGUCUUCCCGGACGCUCUGGCUGCCACCUACCAGCCACUCACAGCUCGCCUGGUCCCCGACUUCAAGAAGAAGAACCAUGACUUUGUCCAGCACAAUGAGCCCGAGGUCCUCGGCUUCGGCAUAGUCACCCGCCCCGUCCACGCCGAUUCGGAGAACGCCAUGGAGCUCUUCGCCGUCUACUUGCAGAUCAUCGAGGUCGGUGGCAUCUUUGUGCAGGGCAUCCAGGCCGUCGAGGCCCUCGUCAUCAAGACCCCCGAGAACAAGCUCAUGCUUGUCGAGGUCAACGUCGCCGAUGCCCAUGCGGCCCCUACCGGCCGUCCAAGCAGCAAUACCCAGGAAUGCUCGUCGCUCCUUUGCCAGGUCAAGAACAUGUUCAAGGGGAUCUUCUCCGACUUCGGCAUCAAGCCAUGCUCCAAGAACAAGUCUCCCGUCAUGACUGGCGAGAUCGUUGGCGAUGCCGACGAGGGCAUGCGAGAGGGUCACCACCGCCCCGAGCACCACCGCCACGGUCACGGCUAUGGCCACCACGGCCCCAAGCACCACAGCUGGGGUCAUCUGCUCACCAGCAUCGCCACUGAUAUCCUCUUCCCCAUUGCCUUUGGCGUCUUUGCUGGUGUUACAGCCAGCGUCAUCGGCAUGAUGGUUGGCACCUUUAUCGUCCACGUCUGGCGCGUGUGCGUCCGCGGCGGUGGCCGGUGCCCUCGUCGUCUUGCCGCCGAGGGCAGCCACAAGGCUGCAACCGAGGAAGUUGUUGCCGAGGACGAGAAGGUUGGCCUCAUGGCCCAGCAGGAGGAGGAUAUUGAGGCACCCCCAGCUUAUGACAACAAGACUGCCGAGUCUAAGUAAGCGUCUAUUGUAUCGGAACUCGUGGAACUCUUCAAAUUGUCAGUGUGGCCUUGUACAGGAUGGAAUGCCCAGGCACUGAGUUAUUCGGUAGCUCGUGUCUGCAUGUAUGGUGUUGGAAAUGUGAUCCUGGACACAAAGAGUGUACCAGAAGUCGGUUUGCUUUGCCGUGCUUUACUAGUCGUAGUAUGUAUCUUAUCCUACGCGCCAUUCACUUUAUAAUCUUUUUCCCUUAGUCUGCCACUCCCAAUUUACUAGUAUGUCAGAUUCAAU